AUGCUCACGGCGGGAACAAGCACCCGUCUUACCAUAUGCCUUCGGCAGGACAAGGACAGCGUCUUUGAUCCGCAUUUUUCCUACCAUUCCAUGGCAAUGAUACUACUCCGUUUUUCCCUUGUUUCCCCAACAGCGGCUGCACCUAUCAGCAUCACUCAGCGGUGGCCGUUGGAUUUUUCUCUGGAUUUGAGUCAGUACAACCACACGGGUCUUGAUCUAUCCGGAUUUAACAAUCAACGUCUGGUGCACCUGGAAUCAAGUCCCAAGGUCCAGGAUCAGUUCCUGCAGUGGAAUAUCUCGCAGCACGCGUCAGAUGGCUUCUCAGGCUUUGGUGAUGGACGGACGAUGGCGUUUCACCAGUCGUUCCCGACAUUUAACUUCUCCAUAUUCAGACAUACCAAAUCUCUCAAAAGAGCGACCGAUGUAUCGCCUCCAACGCAUCCUCGGAUCAUUGCGCUACGAUGA